GUCGAUCCCAAAAAGGAGGCUGCGAUGAUGAGAAAGUUUGAUCUCGUGGCCAUUGGUCUUCUCGGCCUAUUCUACAUGCUCGCAAACUUGGACAGAUCCAAUAUUGGAAAUGCCAAAACAGCAGGGCUUGAUGUGGACAUUCAUCUCAAAGGCAACCAGUAUGGAAACGCCGUAACACUUCUCUAUGCCACAUAUGUGCCUUUUGAAGCCCCUGCCGCAAUUCUUCUCAAGAUCAUCGGACCUACGUAUCUCUUGAGUUUCUGCGCCUUCGCAUGGGGUCUUUGCUGUAUGUGCACAGCUUUUGUGGAAGAUGUAGGAGGAUUGUAUACUGUCCGCCUUUUGACUGGUUUGUUCGAAGCUGGCUUGAUUCCUUGCAUCAACGUCUACCUUUCCAUGGUGUACAAGAAAAGCGAGCGAGGUAAAAGAUCGUCAGUUAUAUUUGCGUUCAGUGCGUUCGCAUCAGCCUUUGGCGGUCUUCUUGCCUAUGGCCUCACCCAAAUUCAUUCAGGUGGCUAUCUGAAUGGUUGGCGUAUCUUGUUCCUGUUUGAAGGCUUAUUGACCAUCGUAGUUGUCCCUAUCUUUUUCUUCGGAUUUCCCAAGACUCCACAAACAGCGUGGUUCCUGACUGAGGAGGAAAAGCGAAUGAUAGCCGUCCGUUACCAGCAGAAUAGCCAUUGGGGUAUCGAUGAGAAGUUUUCUUGGGGCGAAGUCAUCAAGGUUCUGAGAGAUCCGAAGUGGUAUGCCUUCUGGAUCUUCCAAUUUUCGGUGGACGUUUCGCUCUAUGGUUUCACAACAUUUCUCCCGACCAUUCUGACCGGACUGGGUUACAAAAGCUAUCACAGCAACCUGAUGACUGUUCCCAUUUAUGCCUGGGGCUUGAUCUGGUUUCUUCUGGUAGCCUGGGCCUCAGACCGCUACGGCAUGCGCGGACCCUUCAUCGCAGGCCCGUUGGUACUUCUGAUCAUUGGUUAUGCCAUUCUCAUGUCCGUGGAGUCACUUGGCGUUCGCUAUUUCGCCUGCUACAUAAUUGUGAUGGGCAUCUACCCUACAACUGGAAUGUCCAUGAUGUGGCUGAGCGACAACGUUGCACAGCAUUACAAGCGGGCCACUAUGAUCGGUCUAUCUUUGACUUUCGGAAACACGGCCGGGGUUGCCGUCGGCCAGAUUUUCACCUCUGCUGAUAGUCCGCGCUACCGGACAGGGAUUUCCAUCAGUAUGGGCCUCGCAGCCGUAGCUCUGGUAUGCGUCUUUUCUCUUAUGCUUGGAAUGACGGUAGUGAACAAGAGACGUGCCGAGAGAAUCAGAAAAGCCGAAGAGGCUGGCACUCCUUUACUACCUCACCCCGAGCUUGGUGAUUACGAUGUGUUUUUCAAGUACAGUAUUUGAGUUCAAGUUCGGUUGUUCGAUUUUUGCGGAACAUGUUUUACAAAUAGCAAUGAUGGUCUACACCGGGAGUUGCCAUAGGGAAUGCUUGACUAACAAUACACGUCCCGUAUUCUGCUUCCAAUUUGAAAGGGUUGUCCACGCAGGUGUCAGAUGAGCGUGGAGCGCGUGCAUAAGGAUUGUGAAUCCAUGC